AGACUAAAGUUAAAAAAAAACAUUAUGGGUAAUGUUGACAAUAGAAUGGCCAGGGAUAUUGUCAUAAAAUCUUGAUACUUGUGUAAAUUGGUACCAAUUUUAGAUAACAAUUUGGCAACAAUUUGUGUGUAUGUGUGUGUGUCUGUGUCUCUGUGUGUUAAAAUAUUUGCAAGAAUGUAUUGCAAACUAUCAAAAGUAGUUGGGAAAUGGAAUCUCCAAUGGUUUUUAAAAUAAUUUUUUAUGUUAGAAAAUGUUUACUAUGGAUAACUUUUUGUUUAAAUCAUGAAAACAUAUUUAAAACAAGUAUGUUGCAUAAUAUUAAGAUAGUCUAUCAUUAACCCAGGGAUCCUUCUGCAGAUUGAAGAAACUUCAAGACAAUGGCUGGAGGAAGGAACAGUACAAUAGUCAUCAGAUUCAUCCUUUUGGGAUUCUCAGAUUAUCCCAAGAUCAAGAUCGCUCUCUUUGUAGUAUUCUUGGGUUCUUACCUCUUGACAGUGGCUUGGAACCUGGGCCUCAUCAUCCUGAUUAGGAUGGACUCUCACCUACAUACACCCAUGUACUUCUUCCUCAGUAACUUAUCUUUCUUGGAUUUCUGCUAUGUUACCUCCACAACCCCGAAAAUGCUCUCAGACUUCUUCCAGAAGCCUAAAUCCAUCUCCUUUCUGGGAUGCACCAUGCAGUACUUCGUCUUCUCUAGCCUGGGUCUGACUGAGUGCUGUCUCCUGGCCGCCAUGGCUUAUGACCGAUAUGCUGCCAUUUGUAAUCCUCUACUCUACACCGCCAUCAUGUCACCCACCCUCUGUGUACAGAUGAUGGUUGGAGCCUGUAUAACUGCUCUCUUUGGUUCAUUGAUCCAAUUGUGUGCUUUACUUCAGCUCAAUUUUUGUGGGCCCAAUGUUAUCAACCACUUCUUCUGUGACCUGCCUCAAUUAUUAGUCCUAUCCUGCUCUGAAACCUCUUUCCUAAAAGUCAUGAAGUUUGUGAUAGCAGUGAUUUUUGGUGUAAUAUCUGUCUCAGUCAUCAUGAUAUCUUAUGGUUAUAUCAUUGCUACCAUCCUGAAGACAAGCUCUGCUGAAGGCAGGUCCAAGGCCUUCAAUACCUGUACUUCUCACCUGACAGCAGUGAUCUGUUUUUUUGGAUCAGGACUCUUUGUCUAUAUGCACCCCAGCACUGAUGAUGCUUUGGACCAUGACAAGAUGGCAUCAGUCUUCUAUACAGUGGUGAUCCCCAUGUUGAAUCCUUUGAUUUACAGUCUGAGGAACAAGGAAAUCAAAGACGCCUUUAAGAGGUGUAAGAAGAGCUUUUUCCCAUUGUCACAGUUAAAGGUCUGGCAGGCUAGUGGUCCUGGUGACUGGAAGUUUCUAGACUAUGCAUUUAACUUUAUUCAAUCCUACUGAUGCUCUGGCAGGAUUGCAAGUGAGUCAACCCAUCUAAAUCCAGGACUGGUUCACUGGGAUGCAAAUCCUGUGGCUUCUUUGCAACUUGACAGUUGGCUCUUCUCUUGUAUAGCGAUAAUAACAUCACAAGUUAACUAUAUUAACUGUUAUAUUAAUAUAAGCCCUCAGUUCCUUGGUGUUUAGCCCUUACAUAUUCUUUCAGAAAUUCUGCCUGCAGGCUGGAGUGAUUAGGGCUAAACACAAGACUGGUGGUCUUUCUCAUACACAACAUCACAAUCAGCAUCAUGACCACUUCAUCCCAGACUCCAAACCCUCUAGGUGUCUGAGAAAAUUCCAGUUAAAUAAGGUGGAGCUAUGGAAAGAAACAUUACUUUAGACUGUGACCUAAUUCCCUGCAGGGAGAUUUGUUAUAGAGAGUUUGGUCUAGAGUUUGUUUUCUGGGUUUGUAAUUCUAGAACUCAGCAUCAGUAGUUUGCAAGUGAAUGAACAGGAGAUUUCCAUGGUACUGCCCUGAUCUGGGAAAGCUAAACUACAAAGGAAAAAAAUGGUCAUUUGGACUCUAAAAUGGAGUCCAAGUUAUUAACUAUUAUUAUGGCAGACUGGAUAGCAUAAAUGUACCCAUCACUGCAAAGCUGUAACAAGACCAUUUUUUUUUAAGAAACUGUUUUUAAAAAUAUA